AUGAACCAAAACCGUUUUGAAACCAUUUACGUGUUUGAAGAGUUCGCCAGGAGCCUGUUUGCCCUCUCAAAGGUUGCCGCUCUGGUUUUUCAGAAACUUCUGGAGAAUCCGUUGCUGUACGCGUCUCAUAUCACUAGACUCUGUCACCUUACGGAGACCAUCUUGGCAAUCACUGAAGUCCAACUAGCCUUUCAAAAAAGUCCAACAGACCUUCAAACUGUGACUUGUGCAAAUGAGCAGUUUGAAGAUGUUGUUGCGCCUGAAUUUAGUUUAGAACAUGCUAUUAUUUGCCCCAAGCUGUUGACUCGUUUUUCUCCAACUCCUGGCCUUCUCGAUAUUCCUCUUGGCUGUCUUGUUGCUCGUUAUAGAGGAAAACGUUUUGAGUUUCGGGACUCCAGUGCAAGCUUGAGUGGCACUUUGGAUACACCAGCGAUUCUUAGUGACCGAUGCAAGGUAAGUGGGAUUGGCAAGAACGGUAACGGGUUUGUGAGCUUGUGCUCGAGAUAUGUCUCACCACAUUGGUUUACACAGAGUCCACUUGCCCAUACUGUCAUUCCGGGUAUGAACAUCUCAGAGAUUCUUGAGUUUGAAAUACGUUCUACUGUCUACAAUACCAAGGCACCCUCACCAUUGACUGUUUCUUGUGUGACAGUUCAACUUUUGGAGCUCACCAGCACUAGCGCCCCAGUAUCCCCGUCAAGCUCCAUCGAUUCGCUUGAGACUACUAAAAGUCUUCUCGUCAAAACGUUGCUGACAAUAAGUUGUUGUGAGAAGAUAGGCGAUUCGAUGCCUUUUCCGAUUUCCAAGACAUUGUACAAUUGUUGUCUUCCUGAUUGUGAACCUACCUUUUAUUCAGAACGGAUGGCUAGGAACUAUGCAAUAAAGCUUAUUGUUGAUCUUCAAGGAUUUGAAACAGGUGAUCUGAAACAAUCAAUAGAAACUCUUGUCGAUGUGAAUAUUGCUAGAGCAAGCCAGGAGGACUUGCAGUCCCUUCUUCAAGGAAUGACACUUACAGCGCUGUUUGAUUUGAAAAGGCAUGUUGGAAGCGUUUCUAACUUACUAGACUGGCCUUACGUUCCCCUUGAGCGUGUCCAAACGGCUGUGAUACAUGGGCAGGAUUUUUGCUUCACCACCACUCUUCUAGAGUGUUUGGAAAGUAAAGUGAUUCGCCGGACCCCUACACAUCUUCAGCAGAUUAGACCAAAAAAGCACAAAGAUGACGCAUCUUCUACAAUGCAUUAUGCCUUGUUUAAAACAACAGGAAAAACAGAUGAAAGCAGAGACCAUUUCUGGGCAAUGCCAGUCAUCAAAUAUGAGAAUCGAUACAGUGUCUGUUCAAUUCCAUUGCCUCUUUGGAAUAUGUCUGGUGGGCUUUCUCAAUCAUACAGCUUUGCGAACCAAGAAAAGCUAUGCCCCUUGGAUACUUCCUUUGAGAAUGAUAGGAAGGUGAUCCAACUUAGUCUGAUCAUUGAGCCUCUGUUCCAUCUUCCGCUACCUGUGUCCGGUGCUGUUGUCCAUCCAAGUAUGAAGAUUGCUGAUUUUCUAAAACUCAGACUCCUGUUUCCUUUCAAUUGGGAUAAUUUGCCAGAGCUCUAUACGAAAAUGUUCCUCAUCAGUAGUACAAGAAUCGCUUUGUUUGCUUGUUCAAAGAAGAAAGAGGAAAAGGUGUGGGAACUGACGAAGAAGCAUGGUUUUCACGAGGCAAAGGUCGAAGGAUGGAAUUUCAAAGCUUCAGAAAAUUGUAAAGAAUUCUUUAUGGAAAUACCUUCUGAGUUAUACGACUUCACGGUUCCGUGGUUUGGAGAAACUUAUCAGUCGAAUGACGACUAUUUGAACAUGGUUUUACGUGUUGAGCUUUGGUUAGUGGGUGCUGAGUUGAAAGCUACCAUCGGGGUACAUGUCCCUGUUCAAGUUUCAAGAGAUCCCAUUGAUGUUACUGAGCUUGGAGUCGUCCCCCCGUCCUACGCUGUAUUGGUGGAGAAGAAAGAAGAGCCACUCUUCGGUGCUAAUCGAGAAAUUGACAAUACAGGGUUUCUACGGCCCGCUCUUGGUCGGCCUGACACUCCUUUCCCAGAACGGUUUACCGAGUGGUAA